AUGGCGCUGGCGGGGCCCCCGGGGGGCGCGGGCUGGACCUGGCUGGGCGGCUGGGACGGGUCGCGCCGCUUGGCCACGGUGGCCGCCCUGGACACGGAACGCGGGGCGUGGGAGGCGUGGAGCGCGGCCCCCGGCAGCCGCCCCCCCGCCGGCCUCAGCAGCCACACCUGUACCCGGGUCUCGGACCGAGAGCUGCGGGUGGCAGGCCGGGAGGGCGGGACCCGCACUCAGCGUCGCUACGGAAGCAUCUACACGCUGAGGCUGGACCCCGGCGCCCGCACCUACUGCUAUAAGGAAGAGGGCUGCCACACAGCCUCCCGCUCGGGGCACUGUGCGGCCCUGCUCCAGACUGCGGGGCCCCAGCCAGCUCACCAGCUGCUGCUCUUUGGGGGUUGCAACUCGCCUGAACCGGAAGUAGCUGGGCAUUGGAGUCCGGGGAAGAUUAAGGAGGAACCACCUGCUGCCCCCCGUUUGAUGGAACAGCUUGCCAGGCUUGUGAGCACUGGGCAGGGGUCCCGGCAGGGGCCUCGGGGACUGCGGCAUCACUCAUGUUCUGUGGUGGGGCCCUUCGCUGUGCUGUUUGGUGGAGAAACUCUGACCAGAGCCAGAGACACCAUCUGCAAUGACCUCUACAUCUAUGAUACCCGCAAGUCCCCUUCUUUGUGGUUCCACUUCCCCUGUGCAGACCAUGGGCUGAAACGUGUGGGCCAUCGCACCUGCCUUUGGAACGAUCAGCUUUACCUGGUUGGGGGUUUUGGUGAGGAUGGCAGGACACCUAGUCCACAGGUCUGCAUCCUGGACCUAUUUAUCUAAAGUGCAGUUCAAGACACAGUGCCCGGCCUCUGUUCUGCUGCACAUUCACAGCACACUACCACCAGAGCUAUCUGCCUCAUUUCAAACGCUGAUUAAAUUUCAAUCUAAGAGUCAA